CCAAGGGGGAGUUUGAGCAUUGUCGUUCCAUUUCGUUAAAACCGUUUUCGCGCUCGAAAAUCAGACAGCAUCAGAAAAUAGCCUUAACUUCAUCGAUUUUAAUCAAAUUGAACUAUGGAUGCGAAAGAUAUACUCGGAAUACCGAAAAAUGCAUUGCCAAUAUCUCAAGAGAAGAAGUCCAAGCCUCCUAAAGAACCUCAAAGGAAGCCUGAUGGCAUUUCUCGAGAGGUAUAUAUGCUUACUGGGGGAGUAGCACCUCUUAUGCCUACAGUUGAUGUCUCUCAAUUGAAGAAACGUCCACCAACUGACGAGAAGGUUACCUGGCGAUGGCUGUCAUUCACAAAUUCAGCUCGGAAAGAUAAUUUGGAGCUAUACCAUUGGGUCAGAGUUGUAAAUGGUGUGCCUCCAACUGGUGAUUACCCUUUUGCCAAAUACAACAAGUCAGUUGAUAUUAUCAAGUACACGGACGAGGAGUAUGAGAAGUACUUGACAGAUCCAAAGUGGUCCAAGGAAGAGACAGAUACCUUAUUUGACUUGUGCGAAAGGUUUGAUCUCCGCUUCGUACUAAUAGCUGAUAGGUUUCCAUCGACUCGAACUGUGGAGGAGCUGAAGGAUCGGUAUUAUAGUGUGUCUCGGGCAAUACUGAUUGCUAGAGCUUCAUCUCCUGCUGAGGUUUCUUUUCAUCCAUUGAUUAAGGAACCAUACAAUGUAAAGCAGGAGACUGAGCGCAAGAAAGCUUUGUCUAUGGUUCUUUCUCAUACAAAGUAUCAAGAGCGCAAGGAUGCUGAGAUUCUUGCUGCAGCCAAAAGAAUCCAAGAGUCACGAGUCUCGGCUAAGGGUGUAGAGGAGUCAGGAUUACCAUCAGCUUCAGAUCCUGGUGUGGAACCUUCUGAUCGUGCUGUUCAACCUGACUCUGGAUCACCUAUAGCUGCCGCUCCAGCUGCUGCAGGAGAUAAUGCAACCCCAGCCUCUCUUCGUAUGUUGCGCGUGUAUUUGAGGACGUAUGCUCUUGACCAAAUGGUGCAGGCUGCUAGUUCUUCUGCUGGCCUUAGAACAAUUAAACGGGUUGAACAGACUUUGCAAGAUCUUGGGGUUAAUUUGAAACCAAAAGUUCCUACAAAAGCUGUAUGUGCAGAGCAUCUUGAAUUGAGAAAAGAGAUAUUAACUUUAUUGAAUCUUCAAAAGCAGUUGCAAUACAAGGAAGCAGAGGGUUCAUCUCACCGUGAUGGAUCUUAUACCGACACUCCAGGAUCACCAAAGCGAUCACAUCGUGCUGGGGAUCAGGACCGUGCUUUUGUUCCCGAACCUAUAAGCUUUGGUGGUGAUCGAGUAGGCAAAAGGGAUCAGAAAAGAAAGGGUCCUGGAAGAUCAUCAGAUGUUCCAUCAUCACCAGCUACCAAACGAGCUCGAAAGAUGAAAGCAGAAGGAUGAUUGCAGAACCAUGUUUAAAUUAGGGGUUUAGGACGAUAAUUGGAUCGAUGCGGCCUAUAUCAUCUUGAUCUAUAUUCUGUGCCCAUCUGAGCUCUCUUUGUAUCUCAAUAACUCAUUUGUAUUUUACAAUUGCGAAAUUCAGGCAUUUUUGUCAUAUUUGUAUUGGGUCCGCAACACAUGAUCUAAUUUUCUAUGUCUUGGCGCUCAAAUUAGAUUAUAUCGGUAGGAUUUGACCUACACUUUAAUACCCCGAUGCUAGUAUUACUCUGAUUGGUUGAUGGUAUUAAAAGGUGGUAAUCUACAGUAUAGCAGCUUGAAGGACAAGACAAGGUAUGAUUUCGUUUAUCACCAGUUAUACAAAGAUGUGGAUUGUGUGGCGAUGUGACAAAGAUGGCACAAUUUGGUCACCGGCCUUCCAGUUUUACCAUCCAAUGGAAGUCAGAAGUAUAAUGGCCAAGAUGUCUACGUUUCUGUUGUGUUACAUUACAGCCUACAAUGGCGAAGAAUUGUGAAAUGCCUCCAUAGCACUUGUUCAAUAACAUUAUAUGGUAGUUAUUUUCUUUUGUUUAUGUUUAUUAGUUUUAAUGA